AUGGAUUCCCGAGAAUAUUCGGCCUCUCUCAAAAGAGGUUCAUCAAUUCCAGUGCCCAGGGAAGUCGAUGGUGGUACUGAUGAGAGAGCCGAACCCCGUCUCGAUAAAUCCGCACACAAUGACCACUUAGGAGAGCCAUUAACUAAACGUGAUAAAGCACGAGGUUUUGUACGAAAAGCUAGAGAAAAGGCCAUAGAUCUCGUCACUCCGAAUAACAAGGACACCCUCGAUCCUAAAGAUGAUAGGGCGGAAGAUGCAAUUGACCAAAUCGCUUGUGAUCCUGCGUUCAACCCUUCGCUCGUCUUGGAUCAAAGUCCUCCAAAGCUCACCAAAGCCGACCGCUCUACCGUGAAGUCGGAGUUGAAGUCGGUGGCCCAGAGCCUUGUUCAUCCUCGCCAGACUAUCCAAGGCAAGGCCACCAGAUCGGCCGCCGCCAAAAUUUCCAGAGCUCAACGCCCUUUUCUAUCUGCAGAGCAAGACAGAAAUCUCCUCGCAGCACAUGAUGAGCUGGACAGAUUGGCGUCAAGUAGAUCUUCUACACGUGCUCAGACUUCAGCCGAGAGUGGUGCUGAAUCAAGCGGGGAGGAGAAAGGCGCCAAACAGAAAGUCGAAAAGCUCGAGGAGCAGAGGUCUAGUUUGCAAGUGGCCUGGACGCUUGGAAGGCAUGUUGACAGAGUCAAAGUUGUGCAGGCUAGGGUUCCAGAGUCCCGUUCUUGGGAUAACUUCGUGGAGAAGACUCCCUCAGGAGAGCGAGGUCGUUUUCAAUGGGAGCGCUGGCUAGGCUAUCAAGCGCUCUACUAUACGCGUGGUUUCACUGCGCGCUACAUUGAUGACUUCGACGAACUUCCAUUUGACAUGGAGGAUCUCUCGAGGAUUGUUGAGCGCCUGGUACUUGUCAGUACUCCCUGGCAGGCUUGGCUCAUGUCGAUCCGCCAGAUCUACACUUGGGAAGACCCGAAACGUACGGGCAGGUGGUUCGCGUUAUUCUGUUGCUUGUGGUAUACCCAACAUAUCAUGGGGUUUGUCUUCGCAGACAUAAUCUACACUGUCCUUAAGAACAAGUUUCAUCCCAGUUCGGUUGAGUCGGUCCGAGAGUCAAUGAAGCGUGGUAUCGAUCGUGAAGCUCGAGCUCAGGCAUGGGGCGAGCUAGUGGAACAGCAUGGCCGUAAGGACUGGAUCGAGCCUUUGCUCGAUGAACUCGGACCAUACAUUCAGUUACAGCUCGGCGACUUGACGGACCUUCUAGAAGUUCUAGCAAACUUCUACAGGUGGAGGACGCCUUGGAAGACUGCCGAGACACUUUUCUUCUUCGGCUGCUGCCUGCUCAUCACCUUGCUGACUGAUAUGGCAUUCUGCAUGAAGGUUUUCUGGUUCAUCGUAGGCGGCUGGUUCUUCCUGUGUUUUCCCAUCGCUAGCAGAUACCCGAAAUAUCGAUACCUGGUGGAUCCGGCGAAAUGGAUGUUCUGGGACAUUCCAACGGAUGCGGAGUGGAGUAUCGAACUUCUGCAAAGGAAGACUUCAUUUCAGCAGAGACGGAUCGAUCGAAGACAACAAAAUAACGACCAUGGUAAUCCUGCGGACAGUGACAGUGAAACGUCAAACUCAGAAUAUGAAGAAGACCCGACUUUGCCACGCCAUAGCACUCCAGGUUUGGAAGCACCUCCUUACAACACCGAGACCUUCAAAUUCCGCGCCUACCAACGCAACACCCGAGGCCACCUCCUCCUCACCCGCAGCGGCAUCCGCUUCUCCUCCCGCUGCCGAUCUCAUUCCUGGUCAAUCCCCUACCGCCACCUCACCGAAAUGCGCAAAGCCAAGCCAGACGCCACAAUCAAAGCCACCACCCUCGGCACCGCCAGAGCCGGUCUCCAAUUCCUCACCACUACGACGGGCGAAGGAUCCCAAACCAACGAGCCAAUCACCAUCACCGUCCCUCGAGACCGGCGGGAUGAGAUCUUCAAUCUGGUUCUCGGCUGGAGCGGCUUGACGUGGCGCUCGGUGUGUAUGGAGAGACGGAGAGCGGAGAAGACUGCGGGAGGGAAGAUGAAGGAGCUUAGAGCGUUGCUGGUGUGA